AUGGGCUGUUCAGUUACAGCAGCAAUUGUUUCCCUGGGCACUCUUCCGCGACCACAGCUCAUACUUCAGCAGCAGCAGCAGCAGCAGCAGCAGCAGCAGCAGCAGCAGCAGCAGCAGCAGCAGCAGCAGCAGCAGCAGAAGCAGCAGCAGCAGCAGCAGCAGCAGCAGCAGCAGCAGCAGCAGCAGCAGCAGCAGCAGCAGCAGCAGCAAGAGCAACAUUGA